AUGGCUUCCUCGAAUUCAUCAACGGCGGCAUGCCGUCAGAUCGACAACACAAUGCGCGUCUGGGCCGGUUCAUGUCGUGGAGGAUUUGAUUUUACACUACUAUUCGAGGAGACAAUUCUCCAAAUACUCCCAAUCGCCCUAAUCUUAAUACUGGUCCCCUUCCGGAUCAUUCAACUCUCGCAGAAACGCCGCAAGGUCGUCGAUUCAUGGUUGCUUUUGCUUAAAUUGGCCGCUUGGUUAUUUCUCCUUGGACUUCAAGUCACUGAAACUGCCCUUUGGGCCUUAUCUUCUGCUGAUGCAACCAUGGCUUCGCUUCCAACGAACGCCAUCUUGGCCGUUGGUGUGUUGGGCCUCAUGGCCCUCUCAUAUGCCGAGCACACACGAUCUGUCCGACCUUCUUUCAUUUUGAACGCAUAUCUCUUCUGCAGUCUACUCUUCGACAUUGCCCGGACUAGAACACUGUGGCUUCGAUCAGCAGAUUCUUUCAAUGAUAUCAUUGCAACCGUGACCAGUGUUGCACUAGGUGCCAAGCUGCUGGUUGUGAUCUUGGAAGCCGUGGAGAAGAGAAGCAUCCUGAAAUCUGAAUUCCAAGGCUAUCCUCCAGAGGCAACAGCUGGUUUCUACAGCCAAGCUGUGUUUUACUGGUUGAACCCUCUGUUCAAGCUCGGCUUCAGUAGCCAUCUCUCAGUUGAGGACCUCUUCGUUUUGGAUAAGGAGCUGAGCUCUGAAAGACUAUUGGCUAUAUUUGAAGAGCGAUGGAGCAGAGUGAAAACAAAGUCUGCCAACUCACUGCAAUGGGAGUGUUUCAAGGCUGCUAAAUGGCCCCUACUUACAGCUGUCCCAGCUAGGGCGUGCGUGGUAGCCUUCAACUUGUGCCAGCCCUUGCUCCUGACUCGUUCACUGUCAUACUUUGAUGAGCCGGUGAACAAUGGUACCAACAACGUUGGCUACGGAUUGAUUGGAGCCUAUGCUUUGGUCUACCUUGGUCUGGGUAUCGCAAUGGGACAGUAUCAGCACAACACGUACCGUGGAAUUACAAUGGCUCGUGGCAUCUUGGUCACCAUGCUUUACAAGAAAGCGAGCACCACAACUCUGAGCAACGCUGAUCCUGCCAACUCGCUUACUUUGAUGAGUGCCGAUGUCGAGAGAAUUACCAACGGAUGGCAGACCAUGCACGAGAUUUGGGCUAAUUCUGCGGAGAUUGGACUUGCAAUCUGGCUUUUGGAGAGGCAGCUCGGAGUUUCCUGCGCGGUUCCUGUUGGUGUGGCACUCUUCGCCCUGGUCGGGUGUCUUAUUUGCAUGUCUUUCGUUGUAGCGCACCAGGCUAAGUGGUUAGAAGCCAUCGAGAGAAGAAUUUCCUCUACCUCUGGCAUGCUGGGAUCGAUGAAGGGUGUCAAGAUGCUCGGACUGCAAAACUCCUUCAUGAAGUUUGUCCACGGCCUUCGUGUUGAUGAAUUGACCAUCUCUAAGAAGUUCCGAACUCUCUUGGUGUGGAAUAUGGGAUUCGCUUGGUUCACUCGGAUCUUGGCUCCUAUCUUCACCUUCGGAGCCUAUGAGGGCAUCUCCAGCAACUCUCUCACUGUCUCCCGAGUCUACACCUCUUUAGCUCUUUUCUCCCUUCUUUCAGACCCGCUCAUGACUUUGGUUAUGGCCCUCAUGUCUUAUGCCGGAUCAGUGGGAUCAUUCGUUCGCAUUCAAGAGUUCCUUGAGAAAGAAGACCACAACGACCACCGACGCCAGUCCCCCCUCCUGCCUUCCCUCGAGGACCUCGGUGAGGCCAAACUUCUUUCCAAGGCUGGUGAUUUGGAUAUGUCAUCAAGCAACUCGGAGUCAGUCGAAUCUUUCAAGCGUGGCUCGACUUCCUCUACUACCAAUUCUGCCAUGAUCCAAAACGGUACUUUUAGCUGGGGUGAGGAUCAGGAGCCUGUGCUGCAAGACAUCAGCUUUACAGUCCCUCGUGGAAGCUUUACUAUGAUCAUUGGACCUUCUGGAUGUGGCAAGUCAUCUCUGCUCAAGGCACUUCUCGGUGAAAUCCCUUGUGCCGAAGGCAAGAUCGAAGUGUCUUCUGGUAGUGUGGCCUUCUGUGAUCAGACCCCGUGGCAUAUGAACGGAACCAUCAAGGACAGUAUCGUCGCCAUGUCAGACUACGAUCCCAGAUGGUAUGCAACUGUUAUCCAAGCAUGUGCUCUCGAGGAGGAUCUUGGACAUUUCCCACGUGGUGAUCGCAGUGUUAUUGGAAGCAAAGGUGUUGCCCUCAGCGGAGGCCAGAGUCAGCGCAUUGCUCUUGCUCGUGCUGUUUACGCCCGUCGCAAGAUCAUUAUUCUGGAUGAUGCCUUGAGUGGUCUUGAUUCCACCACCGAGAACCACAUUUUCCACAGCCUGUUCGGACACAUGGGACUUCUGAGAGAGACUGGUACUUCGAUGAUCAUUGCCUCAUCUUCUGUCAAGCGUCUUCCUUACACUGAUCACAUUGUGGUUUUGGACACCGACGGUCGCAUUAUGGAACAAGGAAGCUUCAGUGCUCUGACCAAGACUGGUGGAUAUGUAUCCAGCUUUGGACUUGUUGCACCUGACUGGGAUUACAAGCCUAAGCGGUUUUCCGAGUCCCCCAGCUACAGCACCAUUGACUCAAUCGAAAAGGAGAAAGAGGAUAUUCACCAGGAGCCUGAGCACCGUGACACUGGUGGCGAUCUUGGAAUCUACACUUACUACAUCAACGCUAUUGGAUGGCUGCCCGCAAUGGUCUUUGUUGUUGCUAUGGCUGGUUUUGUCUUCUGCAUCUCCUUCCCCAGCAUCUGGGUGCAGUGGUGGGCUGAGUCCGACACAGCUCACCCCAGGGCACAGCUCGGCUACUACCUUGGCAUUUACGUGAUGCUCGGUUGUUUGGCCAUGCUAUGUCUACUUGUUGGUUCAUGGCAAAUGAUCAUCACCAUGGUCCCCAAGUCUGGAGAGUCUUUCCACCACAGGCUGCUGACUACUGUCCUCAGUGCACCAAUGCUGUUCUUGUCCACCACCGACAGUGGCUCUAUUCUUAACAGAUUCAGCCAGGACUUGCAACUCAUUGACAUGGAUCUUCCUAUCGCGGCGAUCAACACCAUUGCUACCAUCUUCCUCUGCAUGGCCCAAAUGGCUCUGAUUGGAGUUGGGUCAAAGUAUGCGGCUAUCUCGUUCCCCGUCGUUCUUGGAAUGCUAUUUCUCAUUCAGAAGCUCUACUUGCGCACCUCACGACAACUUCGUUACCUGGACCUUGAGGCUAAGGCUCCUUUGUUCUCCCACUUUACAGACUGUCUCCAGGGACUCGUGACUCUACGAGCCUUUGGCUGGCAGCAUGGUAUGGAGAAGAAGAACAUUGAGCUCCUGGACCUGUCGCAACGCCCAUUCUACUACAUGUUUGCUAUUCAGCGCUGGUUGACUCUCUCACUCGACUUUGUCGUUGCUGGUAUUGCUAUUCUGCUGAUCGUACUGGUUGUUGUUCUCCGCGGCACCUCUUUCAACACCGGCUCUAUCGGUGUUGCUCUUCUCAACGUCAUCCAGUUCAGCCAAACUAUCAAACUUGCGGUCACCUUCUGGACGAACCUUGAAACCCAUAUUGGUUCCAUUCAGCGCAUCAAGGACUUUACCAAGACUGUUGAAUCCGAGGAUCAGCCCGGUGAAGACCGAGAGAUCCCUCCCAAUUGGCCCUCCAAGGGUGCAAUCAGCUUCCACUCGGUUUCGGCAGCCUACAGACCCUCGGAGCCGGUUCUCAAUGAUGUGUCUUUAACCGUCCAAGCCGGUGAGAAGGUCGGCAUCUGCGGCCGAACAGGAAGCGGCAAAACAUCCAUGAUCAUGAGCAUCUUCCGCAUGAUCGAGCUAACCAAUGGUCAUAUCACCGUGGACGGCGAGGACAUCUCCCGACUCCCAAGACGGGAGAUUCGCGCCCGCAUCAAUGGCGUCUCCCAGGACUCGCUCCUCUUCAAGGGUAGCGUACGACUCAACGCCGACCCAACCGGUUCAUGCACGGACAAAGACAUUACCUGUGCCCUGAAGACUGUGCAGAUCCUUUCUGCAAUCCAAGAAAAGGGAGACUUGGACAGCGACAUCGACGAGAUCCACUUGUCGCACGGUCAGAAGCAGCUGUUCUGUCUUGCUCGAGCAAUCCUUCGCCCUGGCAACAUCCUCAUUCUCGACGAGGCAACCAGCAACAUCGACACCAAGACAGACGAGAUCAUGCAACGCGUCAUUCGCGAGAAAUUCUGCAAUCACACCAUCAUCUCGGUGGCGCACAAACUUGACACAAUCCUAGAUUAUGACCGCAUCGUGGUGCUGGACGCCGGCCGGAUCGUAGAGACCGGCGAGCCUUUCGCGUUGCUUACCGAGCCCAAGUCUCACUUCAGUAACCUUUACGCAAGCGUGGCGUCAGAAGAUUCGGAUUAA